CCACCCCCGGCCCUGGGGCUCCUGCAGGGCUCGGAUUGUUGUGGCCGGGGCCUCCCGGGACACGUGGUGUCGCAGCCGCCGCCGCUGCCGCCGGGGACGCCCCGCUCGCUGGAGGGCGGGCAGCAGCAUGGCCGCUCUGGCCGAGGCGGUGAGCAGCAGCAGCAGCAGCAGCGCGGGGGCCCCGGCGGCAGGCGGCGGCGGCAGCAGCAGCAGCAGCCGGCACGAGAAGAGCCUGGGGCUCCUCACCACCAAGUUCGUGUCGCUGCUGCAGGAGGCCAAGGACGGCGUGCUGGACCUGAAAGCGGCUGCUGAUACUCUUGCUGUGAGACAAAAAAGAAGAAUCUAUGACAUCACCAAUGUUUUGGAAGGCAUAGAUUUAAUAGAGAAAAAGUCAAAAAACAGCAUCCAAUGGAAAGGUGUAGGUGCUGGCUGCAAUACGAAAGAAGUCAUAGACAGACUGAGGUAUCUUGAAGCAGAAAUUGAAGAUUUGGAACUAAAAGAAAAAGAGCUGGAUCAGCAAAAAUUAUGGCUGCAGCAAAGCAUCAAAAAUGUUAUGGAUGACUCCACAAACAACCAAUUUUCAUAUGUCACUCAUGAAGACAUCUGUAAUUGCUUCAAUGGUGACAGAUCUGAGCAACUGUUCCAGAUUGAGGUGUCAGUAGAGGAGGUUUUGGAACAAAGUGAUACAUUAAGCAGUAAUAAGUCACCAGGACCAGAUGGUAUUCACCCAAGAGUUCUGAAGGAACUCAGAAAUGAAAUUGCAGAACUACUAACUGGAGACACACUUCUAGCAAUUCAAGCACCUUGUGGUACACAAUUAGAAGUACCUAUACCUGAAAUGGGACAAAACGGACAAAAGAAAUACCAGAUCAGUCUAAAGAGUAGUUCAGGACCUAUCCAUGUGCUGCUUAUUAAUAAAGAAUCAAGUUCCUCCACACCUGUGGUGUUUCCAGUUCCUCCACCUGAUGACCUUACACAGCCCCCAUCUCAACCUGCAACUCCACUGACUCCCCCAAAACCUACUGCAUCUACUGAGAAUCCAUCAGAGCAGCAUGACAUUAACCAGGAGCAGCAUUUACCACAUACCCCAGUUACAGAUACACCAUCAGACAACAGUAUGCAAGAGAACAAUACAACUCCAGCAACUCCUUACUCUAGCCUUCCGGACUCCUUGCUGUAUACGAGCCUUGCAACAGAUACAACACAAACUACUGCUAGCUCAAAUGACUAUCAGGCCUUGCUUCCCUUGGAUGUUAAUUGUAUUCUCAAGCCAAACUCAUUUGAUAUAGCAAAGAUGGAUGAGCCCACAGGAACUAUUAGUAGUGAUAUCAUUGACGAAUUGAUGUCUUCAGAUGUUUUUCCUCUCUUACGACUCUCUCCUACUCCUGGAGAUGACUACAACUUUAACCUGGAUGAUAAUGAAGGAGUCUGUGAUCUUUUUGAUGUGCAGAUACUAAAUUAUUAGAUUCAGUGGCAACCAGACUGUCAUAUCUACCUCUAACUUUAUAACAUUCUAGACUUCUUCAUAACCUAAGUAUUUUAAAGAAUGAAUGUAUAACCUCUUAGUUCACUGACUCUGGGAGUGUAUUUCCUUUUGCUUCCUUACCUACUUCACAAAACACCUUAAAUUCAAAACCAUAAGAAAGGGCUCUUAUCAAAGUGUUCUCUGGUAUUUUUUUACAAGUUACAUUAAUGUAACUCAGCUUUGAGAUCCCAAGUUCUCCUCUUCUCCCCUCCCAUUUUUCUUGCAGUCUUCUGGUCACUUAAAAAAAAAAAAAAAGAGAGAAAGACCCAGGCUUGUCACUUAGCAGAAUUUUCUUUCUGAAGCUUUACUGCCAAGAAGCUUUCUGUAUGUUUUUAACCUUUCACUACAAUUUUUAAAAAACGUUCACUGCCAAAUUUUGAAGUGAAGGACAUUAAAUGGGUUAUGUUAAAUUGUUUCAGUGAACCAAUUUUGUGAAGUGCCUUCUGUUUUAGCACUUUAAGUUUCUCACAUUUUAACUUCUGACAUUCCACUUUCCUAGAUUAUAGGAAAAGUCUGUUUGUAGUUUGUAUUAAAGUGUGCCAAUGCUUGUAUAUUAACAAGAUUUUUUUAAUAAAACUGUACAAACCGAG